CUGAUAUAUAAUCAGAACUAGGUAAACUAGCUCUCUACAGUCAGUCUUUGCUGUCAAACCAGGGUACAAUGAAGAAAUUAGAGGUGAUCGUGGGAAUUACCAUCGGCCUAUUUGCCAUCUUGUCCACUAUGGUCAGUGGUCAGUCCCUGAUUGGAGGGGGCAAUAGUCUGACCAUGCCCAUCUACCCCGGGGUCGCUGGGGGAGCUGGGUAUGACCCCCUUCUGUACAAUAGUUACGCGGCAAAUGAGCAGCUGUUUGGACUGUCUAAUUCCAUCACAGAUCUAAAGCAAACCGUGAUCAUUGGCUUUGUUGGCCUUGCGCUGUAUUUAUACUUCCUGACUAAUUCCAGUGUGGGAGCAGUGCCCACCGGUUCUAUUCCACCUAUCGUUGGUUAAACUCUGCUG